AUGUCAUCGCGACCAGGAAUAUGUAUACUUCAUAGGGAAUUCAGACAAAAUGUCUUGCAAAUGGUAUUCCAUAUAACCAUAACAGCAGUUAUGUUGUCUAGAAAAAUUAUUUUCCUUGUUCUUGCAAUCCAUUGCAUUGACACCACUGAGACAGCAAAAAGACGUUUCAAUCUGAUGCUAAACAAUGUGACUUGCAUCAAGGUGAAUUCUUUAAUGAAAAGCUUUGGUUGUUCGUUAAAAAACUUCGGAACUAGCCGUUAUGCUGUGGAUGCCCAGUUCCUGCUGGAAAGACCAUUUGAGAAGAAUGCAGAGGUGCAUGUCAUGGUAUAUUUCACUCCAAGUUUAGCCAAGAAAGCUGUUAAAUUCUUGGAUAUAAAAUUGAAUAUAUGUGACAUGCUAUCCACUGUCAUCUCCAAUCCGCUGCUCAAAGUUAUUUUGGAUGAAACCAGAAAAUCUAGUAAUUUACCUUACAGAUGUCCCGUAAAGGCAAAUUUUGUAUACACUUUUUCGAAUUUCAGCUUAACUGCUGAAACUUUGCCCUUGUACACACCAUUUAUGAAAUUUAAUUUCACUUUAAACACCUAUGACAAUGAAGAGCUAGUUUCCAAGUUUCUAUUGGAGGGGACUACAGUACCUAAGUAG